AUGGAUACAAAACAACCCGUAAAACUCGCCAAAGUAUCAAAAGUGCUUGGUCGUACUGGCUCUCGUGGAGGCGUCACACAAGUCCGCGUUGACUUUAUGGACGACCAACAACGCUCAAUUAUCCGAAAUGUCAAAGGGCCUGUGCGUGAAGGUGAUAUCUUAUGUUUACUCGAGUCGGAGCGUGAAGCUAGAAGAUUGCGUUGA